UUCGCGCGAAAACUCCCGAGCCCUUGUUUAGAUCAGCUGGACCCCCAAUAACAAUAACACCCUACCGGAGGGUCGUUUUAUCGCCGUGUUUUGACGUGUGACGGCCGGGUCGAGUGGCGAACCCACCGGGGUCCGAAUUACGGACGGUACUUCUUUAAUUCGUGCAGGUUUAGCAGAGUAUCGGAGAGUUGUCCGGCGGCUUCCUGGGAGGGGACGGUGGAACGCGGACCGAGUUAGCAUGCUAACCUGGCCUCCGUUGUCUAAUGAAGGUUUAACCCGGCCGUGGUGCGGCACCCGUCCUCCUGUCUUACUCCCCCGGAGGGAUUCCCUCCACGCGGUAGUUCUGAGGACAUCGGAUCGUGUUUGGAACGGCGAUAUUGUAAGGCCUAUUUCUGAAAGUUUUGACGGGAUCCCUUCAAACGGACGUGGAGCUCGGUCACACCCGGGGGUAGAGCCCAUCAGACGGAUGCACCUCGAUGUGAUCUAACCCCCCACUGCCUUCCUGGUGGUGUUUGUUGCAGGUUAGCCUAGCCUAGCUAUCGAGCUAGCGUGCUGGGAGAGUGCUGGGCAGGCCUCGCCGCGUUUCAGGAGGGACCCAGAGAGAGAGAGAGAUGAAGACGAGAGCUGAGUUUUAGCCUCGCGUCCCUGCUAACAUGCUACCGUCCUGCUGAGCCGCGGGGUGAGCUAGUGGUGUGUCUGACGCGGGCUGGGGGGUGAGCGCUGGGUCUGUAGCCCUAAACUUGUUGUGAUAUGUGGGGGAUUUGCCAGUGCAGUUUGUGCAUAGUGAGUUGAUUUUAUUGGUUUUAGCUCUGCACUUGUGGAAGUUGUGUCAGUGUGCUGUUUUUUGAUAUUCACUGAGCUUCUGAAUGUGGCAUUUUUAGCCUGGUUCUGUAAGAUAGAACAUCUUUUUUUGGACAAUGUGAAUCAUACGCGUGGUGGACUGCGGCCACGCUGCAAGACGGUGUUCAAGUCGACCCCCCCUGUCCGAUGAACACGUGACCUUAAACCACGUGUUGAUCCACGACGGCUUUGCGUUUUGACCACCCCUCGACCCCGACGUGUCCCCGUAAUCUGGCCCCAGAAGGGGUUCUUCGCGGUACACUGCGAUGUCAGAAACUCUGAUCACGGGUCACACGUCGGAGGAUCUUUUGGCCGAUUUUGAGACGCUACUGAACUCGGGAAGCAUCGACCUCCACGGAGACCACCAGAUUGUCAUCAUCUCAAGCCCCGGUAAUGUGGGUCUCCACCCGUCCGCGGCCCCCACCAGCACCGGGGAGAUUCUGCUGUUUGCCACCCCACAGGGGCCUGCCGACGUGGGCGUGCAGGACAAGAGACGGCCGACGCUCGGAAGACCUCCGGUGAAGAGGAAGCUUGAUCUGGACAGCGACCACCAGUAUGUCAGCACUACGCGGACCUCGCUUGGCAAAGCUCCGCCCUCAACGCCAGCCCCUCCCAGAGUCCCUCGCUCGGUGGUGGAGAAGUCGCGCUACGACACGUCCCUGAACCUGACCACCAAGCGCUUCCUGGACCUGCUGGCCCAGUCCCAGGACGGCGUGGUGGACCUCAACUGGGCCUCGCAGGUGCUGGACGUCCAGAAGAGACGCAUCUACGACAUCACCAACGUGCUGGAGGGCAUCCACCUCAUCUCCAAGAAGUCCAAGAACAACAUCCAGUGGCUUGGUAACCGUAUCGACGGGGCGUCGGUGGCCCGUCAGAAGGAACUCCAGAGGGAGGUGCGCCACCUGGUGGAGGCGGAGGAGGAGCUGGACCAGUUGGUCUCCAGGAGCAACCUGCAGCUGAAGCUCCUGACGGAGGAGCCGCUCAACCAGAGGCUGGGCUACGUCCGCUGUCAGGACCUGCGGAGGUCCUUCGACAGCCCGGACCAGCUGGUCAUGGUGGUCCGGGCGCCGCCGGAGACCCAGAUGCAGGUCUCGGAGCCCAGCGAGGGUUACCAGGUGUCCCUGAAGAGCUCUCUGGGGCCCAUCGACGUGUUCCUGUGUCCGGACAGCAGCUCCGGCCCCUGCAGCCCCGUGGGAGGAAGUAGUCCCGUCAAGGCGGAGGCGGACCCCGCCCUGGGCCCGCCCCCCAUGCUGCCCGUCGUCCAAUCGCCCCAGAGGAGCCUCGCGUCCGCCCAGGAAGUGAGGUCAUCGUCGCCGGACUCGAUGUCGUCCACCGUGACGGCCGCGUCGCAGCAGGACUCCGCCUCCGUCGUGUUGCCGGGGGGAACGGAGCCCUUCCUGGCGGGCGACCCGUUCUCCGGUCUGGGCGACAUGUCCGACUUCAACUUCUCCCCGCUGUCGUCGACCCACUUCCUGGAGGGCGACAACCUCGCGCUGCCAUUGGACGGCUUCAUCAACCUGUCCCCGCCCCACAGUCACGACUACCACUUCGGAUUGGAGGACCACGAGGGCAUCAGCGAGCUGUUCAACUGCAGCUUUGGGGACCUCACGCAGGACCUGGGGGACAGUUGAGACUGGGAGGGGGAUGUCGAAGAUUCUGUGAUCUCUGGAAGAUUCUGUGUUCUCUGGAAGAUUCCUUGUAUUCAGAAAGAUUCCGGGUUCUCUGGAAGAUUCCGGGUUCUCUGGAAGAUUCCGGGUUCUCUGGAAGAUUCCGGGUUCUCUGGAAGAUUCUGUUUUCUCUGGAAGAUUCCAUGUUCUCUGGAAGAUUCACUGUAUUCAGAAAGAUUCCCGGUUCUCGGGAAGAUACCGCGUUCUCUAGAGGAUUCCGGGUUCUCUGGAAGUGUGAACGAUUCCCCGGAAGUGUAAAGGGAAGACUGGAAAGUACCCCCCCCCCCCCCCACACACACACACACACAACGUCCAAAUAGUACAGUAACGUGCUAGCACUUUUCCAGCAUCUUUAGCUAGUUUUAGCUACUUAAUUUAUUACCGAAGUGAAUUCCAACUGCGUUGUACCGAGCGUGGUUAAGCCGUGUGUGUGUGUGUGUGUGUGUGUGUGUGUGUGUGUGUGUGUGUGUGUGUGUGUGUGUGUGUGUGUGUGUGUGUGUGUGUGUGUGUGUGUGUGUGUGUGUGUGUGUGUGUGUGUGUGUGUGUGUGUGUGUGUGUGUGUGUGUAUUGGUGAGGUUCAUGGCUUUGGUGAUGAAAUGAUUUCCUGGACAUGGUUGCCUCAUGAGAGGACAGGAGAGCCCUUCUUGCGCCGAGUUUGUCAAGCGCUUCAACCAGGUCCUGAAGUCCUACCUAAUCUCCACGCAAACCCCUCUUCUAUGAACUAUUCAGAAGAGGCUGGGGUCGGGGUUUGGGCUGAGGCCCGCGUGAUGGGAGACGAGAGAUGAUCUGUGCUGGAUCCUCAACCAGGAUGUUCUGAACGACAAUGGGGCGGGGCCUAGUCUCAGGUACAGGAUGUGGGAGGAGCCGGGAGGGACGGUACCUGCUGGUUGCCAGGCUGAGACGAUAUCUCCGACCGUGAUGGACCUGAUCAGCGCCAUGGCGGAAGAAGAGAAGAAGAACUCUUCUUGUUCAGCCCUGCAGGCUGUGGUGUCAGAGUUCUCAGCCCCUGAGGAUUCUGGGUAAUGUAGUUCACAUCCUCUUGGUGGGUCUUCCACAGGCAAUGGUCCAUAUAUGCACUUCUAAUCAUAAGCUCAGUGUUGAAGCCUUAAUUCUCUCUUUUCACCAACCUGUGUGUGUGUGUCCAUUUUGUAGAAACAAAUAGUUAUAUUGAAAUAUCAGCAAUAAAUGAGACGGAAAGGUGUGGUUCAUGUAUGUAAUAAUAUGUGUUAAGUGGUGAGGGGUUUGAAAUGACGUGCUUACGAUAAUGGUGAUUUCCCUCCGUAGUGUAAUUAUGUUUGUGCGGUCGGCCCAGUUGGAGGUAUUUAAUGUAUGCGUGGACACAUUUUUGGACUAAUGUAUUGUAAUGUUGACGGAGGUGCAAAACGGAAAAGGAGCUAAACUAGAUAAUAACCGUACUAGUUGUAGACUGGCAAUAUGCAAAUAUUGAUCAUGAAGACGUGGGUGUGCAAAGUCCUGUUUAUUUGAUUUGUAGUUGAGCCUUUCUCCUCUUGUCUCAGCUUGCUUUUGUACUUGUCAUUUUGAUGUUUGUAUAUUUUCUUUAUUAUGCUUUAUUUAAAAAAUAUAUUUUGUGCUAGGCCGGUGUCCAUAUGCAACCUCUUUUUAAAAUGAGAUUUUUUUUUCUUUUACUAAAAGGAAAAGUAAUGCCCAAUAACGAAUUGUAGCCUAUAACUCUGCUAUUAACGUUUGAAAUGAUGACUUCGGGAACAUUUGAAACCGGAUUCAAACUCAUUGUUUUUACGUCAUCAUUUCACAACGCACAGCUAUUUCGGAUGAAUCAUCGUCGGUUCAGAGGGUUUGCACUAUACAUGUAAUUUGAUGGGUGCAUACUCUACAAUCUGGAACAACCCCCCCUUUUAAAACCCAAUGCAAAUAUUACUUACGUCGUUAAGUAGUUCAUAUGCACCUCCUUCUGUAACCCUCAUCUAACAGACGUGGAGCCGUCUUUCUGGACGGCUCAUUGGGAUUUUCAAUGGCAGCUCAUGUCAUUAUUCUGUUGCCUUUCUAGAUUUAGUUUCUUUGCCAUUGUAUCACAGCAGGUGCACCACAUCGGAGUUCAUGUCGUACCCGCAGGGCAAACCCAGUGCCUUUUUAAUAGAGAUGAGUUUUAUUACGGUGCCAGGCUGGUUUUAUGGGGGUGACAUAAUCAGGUGUUUAUUUAGCGUCAGUAGUUUUCCUGCGUUUAAUCAGGCGUUUCCCGCGAGAACGUGCGCUCUUGUGCGGUUGCACGUUUCACCUGUUUGAGUCUGUCUUCGGGUUAAUUGAUUCUUUGAGAGUUUCUUUUCAUUUUAUAUUCUCUCAUUUUGGUGACAUAUAGCCUACUGGGAAUUAACAAAUGAUUAAUAAUUGAAAAGUAAAUGCAGAUUGUGAGUCAGUGUGUGUGUGUGUGUGUGUUUGUGCGCGUGUGUGUGUGUGUGUGUGUGU